AUGUGGCAGCCAGACACCAACACCACGUGUAAGUGCGACCCGGCAGGCCGGGCCACCUGCGACACGCGUCUCACGGCAGCCGAGUAUGACGAGCGCGCCGCCGCCACUCAAACCGGCCACGGCGACUGCGCCGCCGGCGACAGCUGGGAGGAGCCUGAGACGUGCAGCAAGUGCGCCUGCCUCGACGACGGCCUCUGGUACUACUCUCCGGCCGACCUCCACGGCAUGUGUACCGACAGUGCGGCGCACAUAUGCUCUGCCUCAUCGUUGCGUGAUGCCCAGCUGUUCGAGGUGAAGCACUUGCUGAUUCUUCGUGAGCAGAUCGCGCCGUUCCACGUGGACUUCUCCGUGCGUGAGAUCAGUCUGGACCUCAGCAAGAUCAAGACCGCUGCCAUGGGCCUGGUGCAGCGGCGCUCGCAGCUGUUCGCGCUCAACUCGAGCAACGCGCUGCUGGAAUUCCUGCUGGAGGGCACGCCGGCCGUUCAGGAGCACACGCGCGACUCAAAGCGCGAGGUGGACCUGCAGCUGAAGCGCGUGUGCGAGGCGUUCAUCCGCGGCACGCAGCAGCUGCUCCAGCAGCCGGUGCACAGCGUCAUUCUGAGGAUCGAAGCCGUUCUGGAGUCGGCUCCGGACCAGCCGCUGCCGCCGGCCGAGACGGUGGCCGCGGCCGUCACCGAGACCCAGCGGCUCAUCAAGACCCACCUGCCCGACAUACAGCAGAGUAUGCAGCUCUACCUGGCCAACCGCGAGACAGAGUUCAUCCUCUUCAAGCCCGUCAAGGUGGGCCUGCUGCAGCGAUUCCAGCGUCUGCAGGACAUUAUCAUGCAACAGUACAGCGACGACGACCGCAUGAUCAUCAUGUGUCCGUCGCAGGAUCAGGUCAGCGUGCUCGUCUCAUCCUGUAUGCAGCCGGCGCCGUCCUAGGGACCUCGCUGCCGGCGCCGCCGGCGGCGGCCGCGUUCGCUCCGUUGUUGCCGUUAUCGUGUGCGGCGCGACGUGCUGCUGCGGCGCUGGUAAACGGCCGUCCCGAUGCCUUCUGCGCCGCGCUUCUGCCCUGUCGCGCCGCCCUGCCGCGCUGCCCUGUUGCGCCGCCCUGCCGCGCUUCCGCGGGCUGACAGACCCUGCCGAACGUUCGCAUGGUCAGCUGUCGAAGCGGUGGCCGCCGCGCGGUCCGGCCGGUGGGCGGGCGCCUCUCCGCGCGAGGCCCUGCGCGUUAGGCGCGUGCAGGACCUCGCAGUCAGUGCCCAGCGCUGGUAGGCGCCGGGGCUGGCUGGGUGUGACGGCCCUCACGUGGUCAUUAUGGUCUUUGUUUAUCGCUGAUUGGCGUUUUUGUUUGUUUUAUCUCUGGCAUUAGGUACCGGCCUUUCAUAUCCGGAUUGGUGCGGCAUUUGUGGGUGCUCACCAUAAUCGCCUUGCUUGAUCGUAGUGAAAGGAUCCAAGCAUUCCAGUCUUUUUAUAUGUUUUGUUGUGAAAGGAGCUCGAUCAAUUUCAUGGUUAUCACUGAUUUGUAUAAAACUGCUUUCUAUUACUGGGGCGAUCGUGUAACGUUGUUUGGUUCCAUAAGAAUUCUGGUGAGGUAUUUAUCAGACUAAAAUUGGGCCAAGGAAGUUUCUUUGCAGUUUUCACCAUGUAGGUGACCAAAUGUGAUGUGUCCCGCUUCGAUGGCAGGAUAUGAGCGCGAUUGGUUGUUAAUGUUUGUUUGGCAUGUAUUUUUGCACCAGGGUGUUUGUUACACAGGCGCAAUAUGCUCUCGCCGCGCUCUGAUCCUCUCUACCUAGGCUUGGCAUUGCACCGGCGUCUGUUACAUUUGUGUCCUAAAGGCUCGACCGAGCGUGGGCAGCCGGAGCUAAUUUCACGAUGACGCGUAGUUUUGCAACCAUUGGCAAUCUAAUCAGGCUGCGACUUGAUAUUUAGACGCGAACCAAUAUAUGCAAGUGUUUUGUAUCCAAAUAUUGAACUCGAGUAUUGCGUAUUUCGCCGAGAGCAUUUGUGUCGAAACUGUGGAUUAAUGCCCUACAAAUAGCGCUCCAAAUUUGGGUCGAGAUAAUUAAUUUCUGUGCUGCAGGUUUGUGAUCGCGAGCCUGUCUGGUGCUUCGGUUGUGUUUGGGUUACAGCCAACGUUCAGUUCAUUGUUAUCUUAAAAAUACAUUACGGGUGGUGA